CUCUAUCUGCAUCAACAGGGAAUUACUUUCAAGUUUUAUAUCAAUCAUGAAGUUUCAAGCUGUCUUCUGGUUGGUUUUCCUCACUUUCGUUUUCAUCACAGAAAAUAGCAAAGCACAUGGAGCACCGAGUGCGCAAUCUGAAGACAUGCUAAAGACACUUUUAGAGUUAGACAGGAUGUAUUCAGCCGUAGCAAGGCCUAGAUUUGGAAAACGAACCGAACAGGACACCAGUCUUCCAGAAUGGUCCAAUAAUGACUAUGAUAAUCAGGUAUUGAAGAAUCAGCUUAUCAAUUAUUUAAGAAAAUAAGAUACUUCUUCCUUCAUCUUCUUUGUUUGUUAUGUGGUUUUCGACCCCAUCGAUAAUCACCGAACCUUUUCAACGGUCUUCUCCGAAUGCAUAUUAUUUACUAUUUGUAAAACCUCAUCUGUUACAUACGUACCUACGCUAUUCUGCAAUCUUAAACCAGCUUACACGAUCAUGUUAUAUACAUAU